AUGUCAGCACCUCAAUUCGCGACUUUUCGUCGCUUUGUCCUUACGGGCAGUAUAGCCGCCGUCACAGCAACUGGAGCUUGGUAUGGUGCCGGCUUGAAGAUGAAGCAAGACAUAAAACAGGAAAGACAAAAAGCAGCUGAAGCAACACCACUCCAACAAAUCACCGAACUGGAAACCUACCGGGCCAACCUCAUGCAAAAGAAAAUCAUGCUCGACAAGAAGAUUGAAGAGUUGGAGACAAAGAAGAGAAAGGAAGAGAGAAGGAGGUUAAAAGAGUUGAAGAGGUUAGAGAAGGAAAGGGCUGAGAAGGGAGAGUAA